GUGACGUAAAGCGGUAUCAAAAUGCCGGUGCGGUCACUCACAGACUUCUCUCUGAUACAGUGUGUGGUACUUCUUUCAUGCUGGCUUAUUCUUGUUAAUAUUUGCGAUUGUAUGAUGUGAUACAUGUGCAUUGCUGAACAAAAACUAAGAAGAAGCUAUUAUUUUUACUAUAACAACAUUGAACAAAGUAAUUUAUUUAAAAAAAAUAGAAUGAUAUUACGUUCCUGACGGGACGAAAAUCUAUAAGAAAAGUACCGAAGGACUCGUCAAGAAAAUGCUUUGUCGCGAUGGAAUGAUUAGUUUGAUUUGUUUUAUCGUGGCUAGUUUAGUCUCACUUCUUCCUGAAAUUUUAUCAAAACUAGGACUCGAUAUUUACGCUUCAUACUUUACAAGUGUCUGGCUGUUAUAUGCCGUGCAAUAUAUUGUUAUAAAUAUAUUGAUAUUUCUGAUAUUCCGUGAUUUUGCAUAUCAAGUGGCAGUCCGAGCACUGUUCCUUGGAUAUAUAUUUGGCAUUGGUAUUUUGGUAUCAAUCACUGCCCCAUUAUCAUGGCAGACAUUUGGCAUUUAUAUGGCAGUAUUAGCAACUUUUCAUUAUUCAGAAUUUUUGGCUAUAGCAUGGGCAAAUCCUGCUACUUUGUCAAUUGAUAGUUUUAUCCUUAAUCAUAGUAUAAUAUAUGGUGUAGCUGCAUCUAUCAGUUGGUUAGAAUUCCUUGUAGAAAGGUACUAUUUCCACAAUAUGAAAUUACCUUCAGCUAUAUCCUAUUUUGGCCUAAUAUUAUGUAUCACUGGGGAAAUACUGAGGAAACUGGCAAUGUGUACUGCAAAGCACAAUUUUAAUCAUUAUGUGCAAAGUGAAAAGAGUGACAAUCAUGAACUUGUCACUCAUGGUGUAUAUAGCCUAUGCAGGCAUCCCAGUUAUGUAGGAUGGUUUUAUUGGUCUGUUGGAACACAGUUAAUACUUCAAAAUCCACUAUGCUUUAUCGCAUAUGCAUGGAUGUCAUGGAACUUCUUCCAUGAUCGUGUUGUGAUGGAAGAAAUAACUUUAUUCCAUUUCUUCGGCGAAGACUAUGCUGAAUAUCAGAAAAAAGUAGGAACUGGACUUCCAUUUAUUUCUGGAUAUAAAGUUGAUUUAUAGCAUCCAACAUUAGUGUAACCCUAUAUUGUUAAAUUUGUUCUAAAAAAGAGAAAAUGCUUUGUGUAUGUGUCUAUAAUAACUUAAAUUUAACAGAUUAACUUUUUAUUCAAAUUAGAAAAACUUUUUUAUAUGUAUAUUUAUUUAAUCUUUGCCAAUUUACAUAUUUUUUGUACUGACUAGUCAUAAGUCUAAUCUUCUUCAACGACACGCGACUAUCGCCGCCGCAGAACAAACGACACUUUUUGAUCAGAGUUUGCCAUAACAAAAGGGUUACAAACUUUUGUUUAUGAAAAAAUCUCAGGUUUAAUAUAUUACUAAAUGAUUUUAACAUGCAUGGUUGUACAAACUAGUAAUAUGUAAAUAUUGUAAAGUUGUGUAAUAAAGUUCUUUUUGUUUAAUA